AUGGUUAAUAAGAGAAUGCAUUCUAAUACUAUCAAUGUGCUCUGUGAUUCAAAUGGGAAUUGGCUAAAGGAAAGAAAUGGUAUUAGUAAUUUGCUUACUGCUCAUUUUAGAACUGUCUCUAGUACUUCUAAUCCUAUUUACUCAGAUGGUGAUUUUGAUGUUAUUUCUAGUGUCAUUACUGAGGCCGAUAAUGUUUUUCUAAAUAUGAUUCCUACUGAUACUAAAAUUGAGAAUGUUGUUAAAAGCAUGCCUUCUUGGAGCUCUCCUGGACCUGAUGGUUUUCAGGCAGGUUUUUAUGAAACCCAGUGGCAGAUUGUUGGUAAGGAUGUUAUUGAAGUUGUUAAGAGGUCCUUAUUAGUUGCUGAGAAUCACAAAAUUAUAACUGGUGUCAAGGUUUCUAGGAAGGCUCCUCUCAUUUCUCACUUUCUUUUUGCUGAUGACAUUCUUAUUUUUGGACAAGCUAAUAUGCAGCAUGUUAAUGAUAUCCUUAAGAUUUUAGAGAAUUUUGGUUCUUUAUCUGGUCAAAUGCUUAACUUUGACAAAUCUUGUGUCUAUUUCAGCCAUAAUCUCAGUCCUGGCUACUGUGAAUUUCUUGCUAGAGCUCUUAAUAUUUCCAUUGUUUCAGAUUCUGAGAAAUAUUUGGGUGCUCCUCUGUUAUUAGGACAUUCUAAGGUGAAAUAUUUUGAUCCCAUUGUGAAAUCCUUUGAAUCUAGACUUAAAAACUUUGUAAGUAUCACUCUCAAUCAGGAUGGUAGGUCUACUUUAAUUAAAUAUGUGUUGAAUUCUUCACCUACAUACCAAAUGAGAUGUUUUAAGAUUCCAACUACUCUGAUUGAUAAGCUGGAUUCUCUUCAACUGAAUUUUUGUUGGAGGCACAAGACAGGUAAGGGUAUUAAAUUUAUCUCUUGGGAUAGUACUAAUAAGUCCAAGGAACAAGGGGGCUUAGGAUUUAGAGAUCUGGAGAACUUUAAUAUUGCACUCAUUUAUCAUCCUCCUAUCCCUGCUACUGGACUUUUGAAUACUGUUUUUUUUGUUUAUGUCUCUGAUCUUUUUAUGGAAAAUACUAAGUCUUGGAAUGUUCAUUUGAUUUACUACCUUUUUACUGAGGAAUGUGCUGAAAAAAUUCUUGCUAUGAAUGUGCCAUUUGCUGGUAAUGAUAAACUUAUCUGGUUACCAGAUAGAAGAGGUCAAUUCUCUGUUAAAAGUGUAUACAAUGUGAUUACUAAAAAUACAAAUUUUUCUGCAGGAACAACUGUUGUCUCAGCUCAGAGCUCCACUGCAGUUUAUGUAAUCAUGUUGCUGAAACUAGUGAUCAUCUUUUUAUUAACUGUCCUUAUGCAAGAUCUAUCCGGUGCAAAAUUUGUUUUUGGUUCUGGUAUUAUAAGGGUAGAAAUUAACAAAACACUUAUGGUCACUGUUUGGACCAUAUGGAAAGAUAGGUGUGCCAAAGUUUUUGAUAAUAGAAAUCCUAAUAGGUCUCUUUCAGUGGCAAGGAUUAAUGGUUUAACUAUUUUGAAUUGUUCUUCUUCAAAUGGUAUUGCAAAUCCCCUGCAGGUUCAAAGAUGGAUACCUCCUAAUGAUGGUUAUUUGAAAAUUAACUUAGAUGCAUCAUUUCAUAAACUGCAUUCUCAUGGUGGAAUUGGACUAAUUAUUAGGAAUUUUGCAGGUGUUUGCUUUGGAUUCCAAGGGGAAUACAUUAAUGGAGGAAUGAAGCAGAGAAUUGAAGUGGAGGAGCUUGAGUGUAGAGCAAUGUUAGCAGCUGUCACUUUAGCAAGAGCAAAAAAUCUUAAUAAACUAGUUUUUGAGAGUGAUAGUGAGGUAGUUGUGAAGUCAAUCAAUGAGCAUAUCUCUUAUGUUCAUUGGAUGAACAAGCAUUUUAUUUUGGAUAUUCAGUUUUUACUUGUUAGUAUUAGGCACUGGAAGUGUAACUCAGUUAGAAGAGAUGCUAAUGGUGUUGCUGAUAAACUAGCUAAAAGAGCUAGAGUCACAAAGACUUAG